AUGCAGAGCGGUCUGGCCGCCUCGAGGCUGCCAUCUCCACCACCAUCACCGGUCAAGCCCGUGCCUCCCCGGCCACACCGCGCGACAACUGCCCCGCACCUGCGCGCACCACCGCCGGCACCAGCACUGCGGUGCCAGCCGCAGCCACCGCACCGCCCGCUGCGGGCCUAUGACUCCGAGCUGCUCGUCACAACCACCAAAGAGCGAAGACGACAACAACUCGAGUGGAGCGAGGAAAAGAACGAAAGCGAAGGAGACAAAAACGAAGACGAAGCCGAGGAGGAGGCGCGACUGCAGGACCAGUUCUGGGGCGUCAUCCCCGUACCUCUACCUCUAGUGCCCGCCACAGCACCCGUUGCCUACGUGCCGCGGCUCAUCGUCGUGGAAACCGAGCCAGCCGGCCCAGCACACAACUUUCAAACUUUGGCGUCCCCAAUACCAACCGCAACCUCAGAGACAAAGAUGUCGUCAGCUCCGCCAUCGAUUCGAGUCGAGCAAGAUGAUGAUGAAGAGGGCAACAACGCCGGCGAGGAGGUGGCGCCGGCCGUUCCCGUGCCCCCGCGCCCCGUGCUGCCCAAACGCCACUCGGCCGAGCCAUCUCGCGCCAAGAUUGGCGCUUGCACCUCGGUGCAGCCGGGGGCGGAGCCGGUCGUGGCCGUGCCCCCGCGACCCCUUCUCCCCAAGAAGCGGUCCACCACCCUCAACUCUUCGCCUCAGCUCCCCCGACCCACACCAGACCAAGAGGAGUUGGUGCCUGUGCCGGCGCGGCCGCGGUUGCCAACGCGAGGGAUGGCGCGAAGCGAUGGCGAGUUGAUGCGGCCGAUCUCGCCUCGGCCCGACGAGGCCGACCAACCCAAGGAGGAAGCCGGGCGCGGUGAUGAAGACGACGAGGCAGAGCGGCGACAAAGCGAUGAGGAGCGGCCGGCGCGACAGCGCGAGGAGGAGCUGAAGAGGCGGCAGCUGGAGCAGGAGCGGCUCGCGCCCUUCGCCCCAAAGCUUCUCUACUCCGACUCCUUCUACGCCGACCGCGAGAAGCAAAAAGAGGACAGUCUCGAAGAGCUCCGAGUGUGGCGUGAGGAGGAGAGGCGACAGGCGAUCGAGCGGGAGAGGGAGAAGGCGGCCAAGGUGGUCAGCAUCGACGAGCUCAACGUGCGGCCCGAGGGCGGCCAGCGGCAGAUCAGGCGUUCGGUGAAGGACGACCACCACCACCGGGCCAAGGUGGUGAGCGAGGGCCGCGAGACGCUGCGACGCGAGGGCGUGCUACUGGUGCGCGCCAUCGACGAGUUCAAGGGCAAGAUGCUCCUCACACCCGACGCAGUCAGCAGCAAGAAGCGGAAGCAGCUGAAGUUCAAGCUCAACGACAUCAUCCGUGUCACAGCAGUGAAUGUGGAAGAGGGCCUCUAUUUUGGCACGCUGGAGAAGGGCGGCAAGGCCGGGUGGUUCCCUUCGUUCUAUGUUGUCAAUGUUGUCAAAUGA